UCUAACCAUGGCAGAUUGGUCGGUGCUUCCGAGAGACAUACUAAUACUAAUUGUUGGUCGUUUUGAGACAUCUUUCGAGAUUGUCCUCUUCCGAUCCGUCUGCAGCUCAUGGCGGUCGGUUGUUCCUUCCCCGCGUGAUUCCCGCUGCUUAGGCAUCAAAACUCAUAUCCCCAUGUUUGUCCACCAUAGUUACAGGGGAAAACCUCGGUUCAUAUCCCCGUGUUGCACACUAAAAAAAAUCCCAGUUUAUCUUGUGAGGUUCAACACUCCGUUUGGUGAUGAUUAUUUAUUGGCAGAGGUGGGUGAAAGAAGAUGGAAACCAAUGUCGAUGUCGUCGCCAUUAGCAAGUCAUGGUGGUCUCACACCCAAAAGCACUAUAUUAUUGUUCAACUCUCUUACCACUCAAAUUGUCUCUUUGUCUCAUUACUACUACCAGAUAAACUUGGAGUUUAAGAGAUAUUUUUGUUUGCGUACCGGAGUUAAAUGGGGUACUACUUCCAAAACAGUUGAAUAUCUUGAACUGAACAAUGAAGAUCGCAGAGAUUUCAGUUUGCUAGCUGAUAUAGAAGGCGAUAUGAUGAUAUAUAGCAGCCUUGACAUGAGAUGGACGGAAAUUUCGGUCUCUCCCGAGAAAUGUCGAGAUAUAAUUUCGUUCAAAGGCAAGUUUUAUGUGGUUGAUAAAAGUGGAUGGGGACAUGUUUUUGUAAUCGAACCCUCUUUGGAAGUUUCGGAGAUCCCAUCGGUCACACGGUCGAUUUGCAAGUGUUCGGAAGAAAAUCUCGUGAAGUCAGGAGAAGAGUUGUUGCUUGUGCAACGGUUCAUACCAGGAGAUUGUUAUGAAAAAGAUAUGUAUAAUUGGUUCCCAUUCGACGAGUCUCAUCUUGAACAUAUGUAUACAUGGUUCAGAGUCUUUAGGCUGGAUGACGAAGAUGGAGGGAGGAGGAAGUGGGUUCAAGUUAAUGACUUGAACGACCGAGUGAUCUUUCUUGGAAAACGGAUUAAUCUCUGCUGCUCGGUACAAAAUAUUCCGGGUGCAAAGGAGAAUUGCAUUGUGUUCAUUGAUUCGGUAUAUGGUAUUAUUAGUGAGAGUGAAUCAAUCCUUUUGUUUGACUUAAGAACCAAAAGAACUACUACUGCCUUUAGUGAAUGUAGAGGCUACAUGGGCGCAUUCGGUGCAAAUCUUGAAUCGCUGCUAUCUUGUGGAGUUUUGACUUUGCCAAAUCCAGCAAACAGCAUCUAUGAUUUAUUUAGUGAUUCCAUCUGGCUUACUAAAGAAAAAGAUUAGAAAGUUGUAAUCUUUAUGAUAUCUUUCGAGUAUCAUGUUCAAAUCAUUUGGUUUGGACUCAGUUUGAUGAAUUUUGACUCUUUUGGUUCGCUUAACUGUGUACACAUAAAAUUCUGAAUUCAGUUUAAACCCUUAUUGAACCAAAUGUUUUUAAUAA